GUGACAAAUCAGAGAGAUGAAUGAGUAAGUAUUUGGGUUUGAAAAUUAAGCCUAAAGAUCCAGUAAUUCUUUCCGGGCAAUUGGUGAUAUGCAUAAAUCAUGGAAGUUUUCAUUAUUCACACGGCCGUGAUGAUCCAAUCCACAUCGACAACUGGAAAUACCAAUUCAUACUGUUAAAAGAAUUAUCAUCCUCAUGUGGUGCAGUUCAUCUUAUCGAUCUUAUGUGUCUCCUUUGAUAUCUUCCAAUCUUCUUUUUCUCAUAUUCUUUUUUCUAUUUUCGCUUUAUUUGAAUUCUACUAACCAAAAUAUAUUAUCAGACUGAUUAACAACAAUUAACUCAAAUGGAUUUAUUUGCAUUUCUGAUUCCCAAAGUCAACAAACAAGCAAAUAAUGCUAACUGUCAAUGAGUAUCGAUGACAACGGAAAGCGCAAAUAUGCAGACACAUCUUGUGCGCAAACAUCUUUUUUUCUCUUUCCCUGUAUUCACUAAUGUUUACUGAUUGAUUGCUGACCAUUCUUGUAAUGUUGAGAAUCGUAUUCGUGUCGUUCCUUUUUUUUGUUCUAUAAUGAGAGCAAAGGAAGAAGGCAGACUGUGGAAAAUAUACGGGAUCACUUUGCUUUGGACAUGUGACAUUCUGGUUCAAAGAGUCAACGCACAAGGAAAAUCUGAGGAGGAACUUGUUUAUGUGCAAGCGAUCUGGAGGCAUGGUGAUCGAGCACCAAACCAUUUACCCUAUCCCAACGAUGAAUAUAACGAGACAGCAUGGCCAAGAGGAUGGGGCCAAAUAACAAAUGUUGGGAUGAUGCAGAUGUAUGAACUUGGGCAAUUCUUCCGACGAAGAUACUCUUCAUUCAUUACAAACUUCAACGGAGAAGAUGUGAAUUUGGUAUCAUCGAAAUCAGGUCGUGCUAUAGUCAGUGGAUUAGUUAUGCUUCGUGGCUUCUUUCCAGCCAGUGGUCAAGAAUUAUGGCUACACAAUGAACAGUGGCAACCGCUACCAAUUCAGGUGGCAACUACAGAUGCUAUGUUGAAACCGACUAGUUUCAAUUGUCUAACAUAUAAUAUGGAGAGUGAGAAGGAAAAUGAAGUAUUAUUCAGAAAUAUAAGUAAACAAUAUGCCGAUUUUUUCGAUUUUCUUACGAAUGUUACUGGUUAUAAGAAGAUGAAUUUCAAAAAGGCUCUUUCAUUAUACAAUAUUCAAAGAGAGGUGGAUCAUAAUAUGACACAACCAUCAUGGGUAUAUAAGGUCUGGCCUCAGUUUGGUAAUGAGACCACAAUAAGUAUAGUAAAUAGUCUGAAGAGAAUCCAUCGUAUAUCGGAAUUUAAUUCACCAAAAAAGGCUCGACUGCGUGGCGGACUGCUGAUGGAAGAUUGGAUUGAUCGAGCCAAAAAUGUGUCACUAGGACUACCGAUUACUCCACGUAAAAUCAAGCUUUAUUCUGGUCAUGAGGGCACGAUGUUGGCGCUGAUGUAUGCUCUGGGCGUUGGUAAUGAUUUGCUUAUUCCGCAUGCUUCGUGCGCCAUAAUGGAGAUAUACAAGACGGCGAAUAAUCAUACAACAAUUAGGUUUUUCUACAAGAAUGGAACCACAGUAUAUCAACUAGCACUACCCGGUUGCCCUGCAGGUGAUAAUUGCACAAUUGCACUAGUGGAAAAAGCAGUUUCUGCAAGAAGUGUUCGAGAUCUACAGCAGCUGAACGAGAUAUGUAGCUCGGUCGCAUCUGCACAGAGCGUUGUGGGUUUUUCAAAAUUCGAUUGCUUGAAUAUACCGCCAGUUGCAGUAAUGUUAUGCAUCGCUUACCAGAUGUUUAUCGGCAUCUUAUGAAUAUUUCAUUUUUUUCAUUAAUGAUUAUCUUUUCGGUGAUCUUGAUUGCUGUUGAAUCAAAACAAAUAUGACUAAUAAAUGACGGACAAUAAAAAGUGGAGAAAUACCCCCGUCAAUUGGGACGUUCCCGAG